UGUGUCCAUAAUCUCUACCUGUGAAAGCCUAAAUAGCUAGCUAGAGUUACAGUAAUAAUGUCUUCAUUGUUGGAACAGCUACCUUCCUUCACUACCCUCUUGUCCAUGUAUGCCUCCUUCUCCGCCAUGGCCAUGCUAAUUCGUACCAUCUUGAACGAAAUGGUCCCCAAACGAAUCCAAAACUACAUUUCCACCAAGUUUUUGGACUUAGCUUCAUCUUGCCUUCCCUCUGAUUUCACUUUCAUUAUCGAGGAACGUUGGCAAGCUGUUCUUAACGAAACAUUUCGUGCCGUAGAAGCCUAUCUGCCAACCAGGAUCGGCCCUUCCACAGAUAGUCUCUUGAUUGGAUCCAAUGAACCCCUAAACCCCGGAGCGCCGCCCAAACAACGCAUUCCCGUUGACUGCAAGAUCGUCGAUGAAUUCCAUGGCAUGCGUUUGGAAUGGACUCUCCGUAAUUCCGUCGACUCCAACAAGUACUUCCCUCGAGAGAAAAGAUACUUCCGCUUAAACUGUAAGAAAGGAGAUAGAGACAGAGUAAUGCAAUGCUACUUCCCUCACAUUGCAACAACAGCACAGUGGAUCUUGAACCAGCGGGAGACCCUCAAUAUUUACACCUAUGAUCAAGAAUCAUCGGCAUGGGAACCCACGGUUUUCAAGCACCCUGCAACAUUUGAGACUCUAGCUAUGGAGCCAGAGGUGAAGCAGUUGAUAAAGGAUGACCUUGACUCUUUUGUUGAACGAAAGGAUUUCUUUGAGGGCGUUGGCAGGGCUUGGAAACGAGGGUACCUUCUUUAUGGUCCAUCAGGGACAGGGAAAUCUUCACUUGUGGCUGCAAUUGCAAACUACUUGAGAUACAAUAUAUACGAUCUUCAACUCCAAACUGCUCGAAGUGAUGCUGACUUAAGGCAUAUUCUAACCUCCACCACUAACCGCUCCAUUCUUCUUAUUGAGGACAUAGAUUGUGGCACAAAAGUCUCUCAUGACCGAGCCAAGGACCAAGAAGAUAAUGAUGAGCAACAAAAUUCAAAUCUCCUUUCUUCUACUGAUCCUGGGGUGACAUUGUCAGGCUUACUCAACUUCCUUGAUGGGUUAUGGUCGAGUUUUGGGGAUGAGAGGAUCAUCAUCUUCACCACAAAUCAUAAAGACAAGUUGGAUCCAGCUUUGUUGCGCCCUGGACGAAUGGAUGUUCACAUUCACAUGUGUUAUUGCACUCCUGCUGCUUUUAGAAAGCUUUCAGCCACAUAUCUUGGAAUCAAACACCAUCCUUCCUUUCUUACUAUUGAUAAUCUCUUACAAAAUAUCACCCUCACUCCAGCCGAAGUAGCACAGCAGCUGAUGAAGAGUGACGAUCCUGAAGCUGUACUCCAGAGUUUCAUUCACUUUGUUGAAAUGAAAAGGAAUUUAAGAGAUGACAUAUAGUAACAGCUUUGAGUUGAAAUUUCGGCAUGUGCAGCAUUUCAUUAUUUCGGGAUCCUGAAUUUUAUUUAUCAGAUAAGCCGCUGCCUUGUAACUUAAAGCCAGAAUGAAAAGAAGGCUGUAGAUAAUCUAAAACCUUUAUACA